GCCGAGGCGGGCGGGCGGGCGGGCGGAGCGGGGCGGGCGGAGCGCGGCGCGUGGGGCUCGCCAUUAGCCGUCGCUCCGCUUCGCCAUCUCGGGCUUUGUCUGGCGACUUGCUGCCCCGGCGUCGGCUGCAGCGGAGCUGCGGCUCGGCUAUUCGGACCGCCGCGCCCCCAGGUGCCCCCAGCCCGCGCUCCCAUCCACACGCUCGUUUCGUAUGUGCCGUUCGGCAGUGAGGACCGCAAGGGUGAGGUGGUUUUGACCCCGGGUUGCCCGGCCAGCACGACCAAGGAGGUGGCUGGACAGCUGGAGGAUGAACGGAGAAGCCGACUGCCCCACAGACCUGGAAAUGGCCGCUCCCAAAGGCCAAGAUCGCUGGUCCCAGGAAGACAUGCUGACUUUGCUGGAAUGCAUGAAGAACAAUCUUCCAUCCAAUGACAGCUCCAAGUUCAAAACCACCGAAUCACAUAUGGACUGGGAAAAAGUAGCAUUUAAGGACUUUUCUGGAGACAUGUGCAAGCUCAAAUGGGUGGAGAUUUCUAACGAGGUGAGGAAGUUCCGUACAUUGACAGAAUUGAUCCUUGAUGCCCAGGAACACGUGAAAAAUCCUUACAAAGGCAAAAAACUCAAGAAACACCCAGACUUCCCAAAGAAGCCCCUGACCCCUUAUUUCCGCUUCUUCAUGGAGAAGCGGGCCAAAUAUGCGAAACUCCACCCUGAGAUGAGCAACCUGGACCUAACCAAGAUUCUGUCCAAGAAAUACAAGGAGCUUCCAGAGAAGAAGAAGAUGAAAUAUAUUCAGGACUUCCAGAGGGAGAAACAGGAGUUCGAGCGAAACCUGGCCCGAUUCAGGGAGGAUCACCCUGACCUAAUCCAGAAUGCCAAGAAAUCGGACAUCCCAGAGAAGCCCAAAACCCCCCAGCAGCUGUGGUACACCCACGAGAAGAAGGUGUAUCUCAAAGUGCGGCCAGAUGCCACUACGAAGGAGGUGAAGGACUCCCUGGGGAAGCAGUGGUCUCAGCUCUCGGACAAAAAGAGGCUGAAAUGGAUUCAUAAGGCCCUGGAGCAGCGGAAGGAGUACGAGGAGAUCAUGAGAGACUAUAUCCAGAAGCACCCCGAGCUGAAUAUCAGUGAAGAGGGUAUCACCAAGUCCACCCUUACCAAGGCCGAACGCCAGCUCAAGGACAAGUUUGACGGGCGACCCACCAAGCCACCUCCGAACAGCUACUCGCUGUACUGCGCAGAGCUCAUGGCCAACAUGAAGGACGUGCCCAGCACAGAGCGCAUGGUGCUGUGCAGCCAGCAGUGGAAGCUGCUGUCCCAGAAGGAGAAGGAUGCCUAUCACAAGAAGUGUGACCAGAAAAAGAAAGAUUACGAGGUGGAGCUGCUCCGUUUCCUCGAGAGCCUGCCCGAGGAGGAGCAGCAGCGGGUCCUGGGGGAGGAGAAGAUGCUGAACAUCAACAAGAAGCCAGCCACCAGCCCUGCCUCCAAGAAGCCAGCCCAGGAAGGGGGCAAGGGCGGCUCUGAGAAGCCCAAGCGGCCAGUUUCGGCCAUGUUCAUCUUCUCCGAGGAGAAGCGGAGGCAGCUGCAGGAGGAGCGGCCUGAGCUCUCAGAGAGCGAGCUGACCCGCCUGCUGGCCCGAAUGUGGAACGACCUGUCUGAGAAGAAGAAGGCCAAGUACAAGGCCCGGGAGGCGGCGCUCAAGGCACAGUCGGAGAGGAAGCCUGGCGGGGAGCGUGAGGAACGGGGUAAGCUGCCUGAGUCCCCCAAGAGAGCUGAGGAGAUCUGGCAACAGAGCGUCAUUGGCGACUACCUGGCCCGCUUCAAGAAUGACCGGGUGAAGGCCUUGAAAGCCAUGGAAAUGACCUGGAAUAACAUGGAGAAGAAGGAGAAACUGAUGUGGAUUAAGAAGGCAGCCGAAGACCAAAAGCGAUACGAGAGAGAGCUAAGUGAGAUGCGGGCACCUCCAGCUGCUACAAAUUCUUCCAAGAAGAUGAAAUUCCAGGGAGAACCUAAGAAGCCUCCCAUGAACGGUUACCAGAAGUUUUCCCAGGAACUGCUGUCCAAUGGGGAGCUGAACCACCUGCCACUGAAGGAGCGCAUGGUAGAGAUCGGCAGCCGCUGGCAGCGCAUCUCCCAGAGCCAGAAGGAGCACUACAAAAAGCUAGCCGAGGAGCAGCAAAAGCAGUACAAGGUGCACCUGGACCUCUGGGUCAAGAGCCUGUCCCCCCAGGACCGUGCAGCAUAUAAAGAGUACAUCUCCAAUAAACGUAAGAGUAUGACCAAGCUGCGAGGCCCAAACCCCAAAUCCAGCCGGACUACUCUGCAGUCCAAAUCGGAGUCCGAGGAGGAUGAUGAAGAGGAUGAGGAUGAUGAGGAUGAGGAUGAAGAAGAGGAAGAUGAUGAUAAUGGGGACUCCUCUGAAGAUGGCGGCGACUCCUCCGAGUCCAGCAGCGAGGACGAGAGCGAGGAUGGGGAUGAGAAUGAGGAGGAUGAUGAGGACGAAGAUGAUGAUGAGGAUGAUGACGAGGAUGAAGACAAUGAGUCCGAGGGCAGCAGCUCCAGCUCCUCCUCCUCAGGAGACUCCUCAGACUCUGACUCCAACUGAGGCUCAGCCCCACCCCAGGGCAGCCAGGGAGAGCCCAGGAGCUCCCCUCCCCAACUGACCACCUUUGUUUCUCCCCCAUGUACUGUCCCCUGGCCUCCCCCACUUUCUUUCUUUCUUUAAAAAAAAAAAAAAACAAAAAACGGUGGGGGUAAGGGGCUGGAGGAGCCCAGGCCGGGACUCUGCAGCCUCAGAGACAUCAGCCCUCGGGGGUCCUCCUCCAGGGACAGCAACCAUCAGACUAAGCCAGCACCGGCCUGACCCAGCCCACCCCACCCACUUCUGCACUUGCAGUUCCGGCAUGGACAAUGGACCGGAGAGUGGGGGUGGGGGUCCCAAAGAGUUAGAUGAGGCCCUCCACACCUGCGGCCCAACCCAAGGUGGGGUGGAAGCUUGAGGAGGACCCAUUCCUUCCCAGAGGGGCCUGCCGACUGGACCUCUGCAUUGGAACUGGAGGCAGGGAAUGUGGGGAGAGGAGGGCCAGUGCCUUCAAGAAAACAGGCGCUGCCCUGGUGGCCCUCUCCCCUGCCCCCGGCAGGAAGGAGCUGCCUUGACCCACUCAUGGGGGAGGGGGCAGAGUGUUUUUUAUAUAUGUGUAUAUAUUUUUUUUUAAGCUCUGAGCUGUCAACGAGACGUUUCCUACCGA